GUAUAGUAAUUCAUACAAGGAACACAUCUCAUCCAACCAUGUGCUACUUUCCUAUAUAUAUAACAAUCUCUUCAAGAUCCAAUCCCACCACCAAUAAUCAAUGGCCACAUCCUCUUCCCACGCGCCGCCGCAAGACCUCGAACGCGCCACCUCCUACGCCCCAAUUCCGGAAGGUCCCCCGGGGCAACAGCCGGCGCCGCCGAGGAGCACCAAGAAGCUGUACGCCAGCAUUCUGUUCUCAUCUUUCUUGUUGCUUUCUUUACUUGUUUUGAUCAACAACAACAAUCAAUUAGAACCAAGCCCUCUAGCUUCAUCUCCGGCGAGACCCUUGAUCGAGCAACCCUCAAGAGGGGCGGCGCAGGGGGUGUCGGAGAAGGGCUCCCGGCGAGUCGGCGGCGUGGAAUUGAGCUUUGCUUGGACCAAUGUUAUGCUGAGCUGGCAGAGGACGGCUUACCACUUUCAACCUCAGAAGAACUGGAUGAAUGAUCCUAAUGGUCCAUUAUAUCACAAGGGAUGGUACCAUUUAUUCUACCAGUACAACGAGGAUGCAGCUGUAUGGGGCAACAUCACAUGGGGCCACGCUGUAUCGAAAGAUCUUAUCCACUGGCUCCACCUCCCAUUUGCCAUGGUUCGGGAUCAAUGGUACGAUAUAAACGGAGUCUGGACCGGGUCGGCCACUAUCCUACCCGACGGUCGGAUUAUUAUGUUGUACACUGGAGACACAAACGACUUCGUUCAGGUGCAGUGUCUAUCCUACCCGGCUAACCAAUCCGACCCGCUCCUCAUCGAUUGGGUCAAGGACCCGAGCAAUCCGGUUCUGACCCCUCCGCCCGGGAUCGGUGCUAAGGAUUUUAGGGAUCCGACGACUGCUUGGCUAAGCCCGGGCGGGGACAGGUGGCGGAUCACGAUUGGGUCGAAGGUUAACACGACGGGAAUUUCGUUGGUUUACGAGACGGAGGAUUUUGUGAAGUAUGAAUUGUUGGAUGGGUACCUGCAUGAGGUGGCGGGUACGGGUAUGUGGGAGUGCAUUGAUUUUUACCCGGUUUCCGUUACGGAUGAAAACGGGUUGGACACUUCGGUUAACGGGCCGGGUGUUAAGCACGUGAUGAAGGUGAGUUUGGAUGAUGAUAAGAAUGAUUAUUAUGCGAUUGGAACGUACGACCCGAUUGGGAACAAGUGGACGCCCGAUAACCCGGUUUUGGAUGUGGGUAUCGGGUUGAGAUAUGAUUACGGUAAAUAUUAUGCUUCGAAAACAUUUUAUGACCAGAAUACACAUAGGAGGAUUUUGUGGGGUUGGAUUAGAGAAACUGAUGCUGAAGAACUUGAUAUUUUGAAAGGAUGGUCUUGUGUUCAGUCGAUUCCGAGGACGGUUGUGUUCGAUAAAAAGACGGGCAGCAACAUACUUCAGUGGCCAGUUGAGGAAGUCGAGAAAUUGAGAUCACACACUAGCGUUGACUUUAACGACGUUAAGCUUGGACCGGGUUCAAUUAUCCCGAUUAAAGUUGACUCGCCAUCGCAGCUAGACAUAAUUGCGUCGUUUGAAGUCGAUGAAGAUGCUACAUUCGAGACAAGUGCUAAUGAAACUGAAUCCAGCUACGACUGCCCUACUAGUGGUGGUGCCGCUAAUAGAGGAAAAUUAGGACCGUUUGGCAUUAUCGUACUUGCCGAUGAUGGGUUAUCGGAAUCAACUCCGAUAUAUUUCUACAUUGCUAAAGGGGCUAACGGCACGACCGAGACUCACUUUUGUGCCGAUGAAUUGAGAUCAUCGAAAGCUGCUGACGUGGAUAAAUUAGUAUAUGGAAGCACAGUCCCUGUGCUUCAUGGUGAAAAGCUAUCCAUCAGAUCUUUGGUGGAUCAUUCAAUCGUGGAGAGCUUUGCGCAAGGGGGUAGAACGGUAAUUGCGUCAAGAAUAUAUCCGACGGCGGCGAAUGGUAGCAGUGGACGUGUUUUCUUGUUCAACAACGCGACUGGAGUAAGCGUUACUGCUUCGAUUAAAAUAUGGAAAAUGGACUCGGCCGAUAUCCGCCCGUUUCCUUUCGACCAGAAGCAGCUUUGAUACCACCGAGAAAUUAAAUCAAAAAUUUUCCCAUCACAUUUGAGUUUUAUUUAUAUUUAUUCUUGUGUUCGAUGAAUUUGAUUCAUCGUUGCUUAAUUUAGCAUAUUGAUAUCACAAUAAAUAUUCAUGUCACCAUUCUUCUUUGUCAA